GACACCGACGACACGACACCCCAGACCGCCUCCCCAGACCAACCGCCACAAUGACUCCACAAUCGGCAUCCCAUCAAGCUCCUCAACGAGGCCCAGGGCCACAUCAUCACCCUCGAGAUCACCUCCGGCCAAACCUACCGCGGCAAGCUACUGGAAGCCGAGGACAACAUGAACAUCCAGCUCAAGGACAUCACCGUCACGGCCCGCGACGGCCGCGUCUCCCACCUCGACCAGGUCUACAUCCGCGGCUCCCACGUCCGCUUCUUCAUCGUCCCCGACAUGCUCCGCAACGCGCCCAUGUUCCGCUCCCGCAACCAGCGCGGCCGCGGCGUCGGCCUUGCGCGCGGCAGGGCGACCGUCAGCCGCGCGCGCGCCAGCGGUCGGGGCGACAGGCGGUAGACGGGGCUCGGCUCAUUUACGGAUGACGAACUUGAAUUUUACACUUUUUUUUUCUUUUUUUGCGCUUCUUCUUCUGCUUCUCCAGAUGGUUCUUGCAAAUGAGGACAGAGGGUGGGGGACAUGCUUUUGUUGGCAUGCGCUGUGCUUGCUCGUGCAGCGCGGAGGGAAAGAAUGGCGUUCCGGUUUUGGGAGGAGGU